GGAGUUAUCAUGAAGAAAUAACUGUGCAUGCCCAAGGACUUUCCAGACCUCCCUUUUCCCCUUGCACAAAUCACCUACUAAUCUCAGAAUCCACCCCUGAAUCUUUUCUAAUAAAAGUACUGCCUUAAUGCCAGCACAGAGAGACAAAUUUGAGCUUGACUCCUGUCUCCUUCAGAGGUGACUUUUAAUAUAAAGCUUUUCUUUUUUUCAAAAACUUGGUGUCAGUAUUGGCUUCUAGCGCAUUGGGCAGUGAGCCCCUUUUGCUUGAUAACAAACUAGAACCCCAGGUGAGAUGAACAGCCUGUUCAAGGUACUGUUGCCCCUAGUGGUGUGCAGGCCCCCUGCACUGAUCCUGAGUGGCCACCUAGACCAGGGUGUCCAGAGGCUCAACUAUAGGGUUCCUGCUUCUCCACCAUGGCACUUCAGGCUCCCUUGGCACUUCUCUUUUUGGAAAAGAAAUUGCUUCUGGAUUAGACAUCUUUCUGCUGUUAUUGUUGAAAACUCUCUUGGCUUGGACUCAGUUUACCCCCUGACAUUGAUGAUAAAGUGACGUUGGCUGCCGCAGAAGGAGUUCACCACCUACGACUUCUCCAGCAUGUCUGCUGAAAAUAAUCAGUUAUCAGGAGCAUCACCUCCUCACCCUCCCACAACUCCCCAAUGUUCCACACAGACCUUGCCUUCAAAGAAAGAGGAUACUGAAGUAGAACUAGAUGAGGAAAGUCUACAGGAUGAAUCUCCAUUUUCUCCAGAGGGAGAGUCUCUGGAGGACGAAGAGUAUCUGGAGGAGGAAGAGGAUCUGGAAGAGGAAGAGUAUCUGAGGAAAGAAGAAUACUUGAAGGAGGAAGAGUAUCUGGGGAAGGAAGAGCAUCUGGAGGAGGAAGAGUAUCUGGAGAAGGCAGGGUAUCUGGAGGAGGAAGAGUAUAUUGAAGAGGAAGAGUAUCUGGGGAAGAAAAGGUAUCUGGAGGAGGAGGAGUAUCUGGGGAAGGAGUCAUAUCUAGAAGAGGAAAAGGCUCUGGAGAAGGAAGAGAAUCUGGAGGAGGAAGGAGCUCUGGAGGAGGAAGAGAAUCUGGAUGGAAAAGAAAAUCUGUAUAAAAAGUAUCUGAAAGAACCCAAGGCAAGUUAUUCAUCACAAACCAUGCUUCUUCGUGAUGCAAGGAGUCCAGAUGCUGGCCCCUCUCAGGUGACCACCUCCUUGACUGUCCCGUUGACUUUCACUGCCCCUUCUCCUGUCUCUGAAUCUGCCACAGAGUCUUCUGAGUUGCUUCUGACAUUGUACAGGAGGAGCCAGGCCAGUCAAACGGACUGGUGCUACGACGGAACUGCCGUAAAAUCUUUAAAAUCGAAAUCAAAACCAGAGCAAGAAACCACCACGAAGCCUGCUCCGGAAGAGCGUGUGCAAAAAAAGGAAGAAAAUGUCGUGGAGUUUGCUUCUAAAGAGAACUUUUGGGAUGGUAUAACAGAUGAGUCCAUUGACAAGCUGGAAGUGGAAGACUUAGAUGAAAACUUUUUGAACAGCUCCUAUCAGACAGUAUUUAAAACAGUAAUCAAAGAAAUGGCUGCUCGCAAUGAACUGGAAGAGGAUUUUGACAUUCCCCUAACUAAGCUACUGGAAAGUGAAAACAGAUGGAAACUGGUAAUUAUGUUGAAGAAAAAUUAUGAAAAGUUCAAGGAAACAAUCUUAUGGAUUAAGAGGAGACGUGAAGCUCAAAAGUUAACAGAGAUGACCAGUUUCACAUUUCGUUUAAUGAGCAAACCAACACCUGAGAAGCCUGAGACAGAGGAAAUCCAAAAGCCUCAACGUGUUGUUCGUCGUCGUAGGAAGAAAUUAGAACGAGAUAAGGAAUGGAUACAGAAGAAGACAGUGCCAAGAGGAAGAUUCUCACCAAGAUCUCUAAGCAGAGGAUCCUUUCUCACCUACCGUUCAUGUUGGGCUGCACCAAGCACCCAUGAGGUGCAUCAAGGUGAUGGAAAAUUAAUUCUCUACCCCAACAAGAAUGUCUAUCAAAUUCUCUUUCCUGAUGGGACAGGCCAGAUACAUUAUCCAUCAGGAAACCUGGCUAUGCUCAUCUUAUAUGCGAAAAUGAAAAAGUUCACAUACAUCAUUCUGGAAGACAGUCUAGAAGGGUGGAUCCGGGCCCUUAUCAACAACUCAGGCAAUGCUACCUUCUAUGAUGAAAAUAGUGAUAUCUGGUUGAACCUGAGCUCCAACCUGGGCUACUACUUCCCCAAAGACAAACGCCAGAAGGCCUGGAACUGGUGGAAUCUGAACAUCCAUGUCCACGCACCCCCUGUCCAGCCCAUCUCCUUGAAAAUCAAUGAGUACAUCCAGGUACAAAUAAGGAGCCAGGAUAAGAUCAUCUUCUGCUUCACCUAUGAACAGAAGCAGAUUUGUUUAAACCUGGGCACCAGGUACAAGUUUGUGAUCCCGGAGGUGCUGAGCGAAAUGAAGAAGAAAACCAUCCUGGAGGCAGAACCUGGCCCAACAGCCCAGAAGAUCCGGGUCCUUCUGGGGAAAAUGAACAGGCUCCUGAAUUACGUGACCAUCCCUGAUCUGGAAAACUUCAUAGAGGCCGUCAGUAUAUCACUGAUGGACAACAAGUACCUGAAGAAGAUGAUUUCUAAACUCUGGUUUUAGGGCGGGGCUUUUCUGGCAUCCACCAAAUUGCCUUAGGAAGUUGGAGAACUUGGGAGCUCCAGGGAAAAAAACCCAAAGACCUGUUGACCUUUUAUGAGAGUUGGUUUGUAAUUUGGGACCUGUCGUAGCUCCUUGAUUUGAAGUAAACAUUUUUGGCAG